GAGCUCUAGAAAGGCAGAUAGAGAGGGAGCAAAAGCAACGGCCCUCUUCUGGAGGGGGGGGGCUUAUUAUAACAAAUAUAUACACACAUGUGUGAACUGUUUAGCGCACGAUAGGUCAUAUGUGGACAACAGUUAUUUUAGAAAAGCAUACAACCGCGGCUAUACAUUUAAAAUGCCUAUUUUAGUUUUCCUGUUAGACACGUCCGCCUCUAUGAAUCAGCGCACUUAUUUGGGUACGACGUAUCUGGACGUUGCUAAAGGCGCGGUUGAGGUCUUUAUGAAGCUGCGUGCCCGAGACCCGGCUAGUAGAGGCGACAGGUACAUGCUAGUUACAUUCGAUGAUCCACCAUACGGAGUGAAGGCAGGCUGGAAGGAGAAUCAUGCCACCUUCAUGUGCGAGCUGAAGAACCUGCAGGCGUCUGGGCUAACUACCUUAGGCCACGCUCUCCGCACAGCCUUUGACCUGCUUAACCUCAACCGCCUUGUCUCAGGCAUCGACAACUAUGGACAGGGCCGCAACCCCUUCUUCCUCGAGCCAUCCGUGAUCAUAACUAUCACUGAUGGGAACAAGCUGACACACAGCUCUGGGGUGCCCGACGAGCUGCACCUGCCCCUCAACUCUCCAUUGGCAGGCAGUGAGCUGACCAAAGAGCCUUUUCGCUGGGACCAACGUCUGUUUGCACUGGUACUGAGGCUGCCAGGAGCAACCACGCCAGACAGCGAGCAGCUCGGCAGUGUCCCUACAGAUGAGUCUGCCAUCACCCAGAUGUGUGAAGUCACUGGAGGGCGAUCUUACUGUGUGCGGACACAGAGGAUGUUGAACCAGUGUCUGGAGUCUCUGGUCCAAAAAGUUCAAAGUGGUGUUGUCCUUAAUUUUGAGAAGACGGGUCCAGAUCCGCCUCUUGUUGGAGAAGAGAGCUCGGUGGAGUCAAGUCGUCCUGUACCCUCCUUCAGCUCACAGGCAUGGCACAGCUGCCACAAACUCAUCUAUGUGCGACCCAACCCAAAAACAGGAGUUCCAGUCGGGCAUUGGCCCAUACCAGAGUCCUUCUGGCCGGACCAGAAUUCUCCCACCCUGCCUCCUCGCUCUGCACAUCCCAUGGUGCGUUUCUCGUGCGUGGACUGUGAGCCAAUGGUGAUCGACAAGCUUCCCUUCGACAAGUAUGAACUAGAGCCAUCUCCACUCACCCAGUUCGUUUUGGAGAGGAAGUCCCCACACAUGUGCUGGCAGGUGUUUGUUAGCAGCAGUGCAAAGCAAAAUGACAUUGGGCAACCAUUUGGUUACCUUAAAGCCAGCACCACUCUCACCUGUGUCAACCUGUUUGUCAUGCCUUACAACUAUCCCGUCCUCCUUCCACUACUUGAUGACUUGUUUAAAGUGCACAAACUAAAACCGAACCUCAAGUGGCGACAGGCUUUUGAGAUGUACCUGAAGACAAUGCCUCCAUACUACCUCAUGCCCUUAAAAAAGGCCUUGAGGAUGAUGGGGGCACCUAAUCUUAUUGCAGACACCAUGGACUGUGGCCUGAGCUACAGUGUUAUCUCCUAUUUGAAGAAGCUCAGUCAGCAGGCAAAGAUGGAAUCUGAUCGUCUGAUCGUCUCUGUUGGGAAAAAAGCUCCACAAGAAACUGGCAUCAAGGUGAAGAACCACUCCAACUCCCUCUCUCUGGCCUACCGCCAGGACUUCAAGCAGUUGCUACAAGGAAUCACUGGGGAGGGGCCUCUACGCCUUGUGGACCUCAACUUCAAAGAGUUUGCUGGCUUCCAGAUCGCCCUGCUCAACAAGGAUUUAAAACCUCAAGCUUAUCGAAAUGCCUACGACAUCCCGAGGCGGAACCUUCUGGAUCAACUCACUCGAAUGCGCUCCAAUUUGCUACGGACAUCACAGAAACUCAUCCGAGGACAAGACGAAGACUACCUGCACAGUAUUCCUGUGGCUCAGAUGGGAAACUAUCAGGAGUACCUAAAAAUGACGACGUCUCCGCUGAGAGAGAUCGACCCUGACCAACCGAAACGCCUUCACACAUUUGGGAAUCCUUUCAAGCAGGAUAAGAAGGGCAUGAUGAUCGAUGAGGCCGAUGAGUUUGUUGCAGGCCCUCAAAAUAAGAAAAGAGGAAAUUCUGGCGAUUCCAACUCAGGCAUUACUAUGAAGAGAAGGCGGAGUAUGUCCCCGUUACUGCGACGACCACAGACCCCUCCAGGAAGCACAAACAACAUGGCGGUGGGGAAGAGUCCAGUAGCUGUUUCAGGGCAGCAGAGCCUCCUCAAAGCCGUCCCACAGACCAAAGGAGUAGAAGGCAACGACACGGGAGGCAUUGAGACUAAUGGGGACAGCGUUCUUGGCUCUGAGUCGGGGGAGAUGUGGCCCUCUGAGAUGGACACUGAAACAGAGGAUCCGCCUUCACUGAGCCUAGAGGAGAAGGCCGGGUUGUGUGAAGCAGAGGGGGAAGAGGACAGCAACAUGAUCGAGGAGACGCUGCUAGAAGAGCAACUAGAUGAGCAGCCAUUGGAGGAGAAACUCGACUAUGACAGACUGAGUCCACAGAGCCUGCUUGAGGACCCUGAAUCUGACCCUGCAGUACUUGAGACUAUAUAUAUAGCCCCACUAGAUGGCAGCCAAGCAGAGUUGAGGAGCCGGAUUAUCAAGGAAGUCCGCAAACCUGGAAGAAACUAUGAGGCAAUACUUGGAAUACUGCAGCACCUGAGAGGACCAGUUAACGUCCAGAAGUACUUCAUCCAAUAUGCUAUCAGAGAGGCUGUCAGGUUCAAGAAGCGGGUUCUGAUCCAGCAGCUGGAGACGGCCCUCACUGAUCUGGAAGAGAAGCAAACAACAACUCCACAGCUUCUCAAUGACAAUGGCAGUUAGUACUGAACCAUUUGUCUUUUUGUUACUGGUAAAAUGAAAGAAGCUCCUCCUUUCUGAUGUGUUUUCUGUUGACCAUUCACCACCAUGAAAGAGAUGUUCCUGUUGAUUGAAAAAUGUGGGUACUGAAGGGGGGGGAAAGACCAAUGCACUGAUAGCAGCAGCUCCCAACUCCCCGUGUGCUGUUCCAUCACAUCCUGUUAGAGGCAGAUGGUAGGGGAUUGAACUGGAGGAGAGCCUUCAGGACAGAUCCACUGAGGAUUAUUACAGAGACUUUGAAUAUAAUCCUCAUUAUAUUGAUGGAUGCCUUAAACAUACAUAUGGCUUUGUCUGUAUCAGCACAUUGUUUAGAGCAGAAACACACACUUAACACUCCUUUAGAGAGAUACACAAUAAGCUGUGAGAUCCUCAUGUGGCACAUGAUGGACAGAGUCCUUCCUGGUGUUAUUCCUCCAUAACUGAUCUUCUUCAGCUGGUCUGAAAAAGGUUUGUAUGACUGCAACCAUUCUUUAAAACUGUAAAACAUGUGGGUGGAAAGAAUCUGAGUAUUAACAUAUAUUUUUAAUUUGAUGUUGUAGUAAAACCUAAAUAUAAUGUGAUAUUUAAAGACAUCUGUAUCUCAGUGGGAACAUUUGUGGUUAAAUGAUAAUCUACUAUCAUCUGAAUAUUCCAUUGACAAACCAUUGAAAGUUAGAAGACGAUGUUGGAAACUCCAAAUCCAGUCAUUAAAAAACAGACUUGUAAAGAAAAGGUACAUUUCUAAAGCCUGCGAUACAUUUCACAUUAACAAACCCUAAUCAGAACUGUCUCAGUAAAACAAAGAUUCACUUUCACAGAUGUCUUUUUUUUAUCAGAUUGAAUUGUCUCUUAAACGGCCUCACUCCCUUUGUUUGACUCGACACAUUUAGUCAUUUUAACAGCUGCAGUUGAUAAACAACAAUAACCACAUAUCACUGUUUACUGUCAGCACGCGUCGUCUUCAUGUCCAUUAAAAAUACCUUCCUUAUAAUCAGUGUUUACUGCUCUCCUAACUGAGCAUCAAUAUCCUUCUACCUGCCAUUACAACAGUACAUGAGGUUUGUGAAGUUACUAAAAGUUGACUCAUCUCACAGACACGCAGAGUCCUGUGAAAUCCCCCUCCAGAGCAUCACAAACACUCCAUUGAUUUCAAGAAUAAUGACUUUAUUGGGAGGAAUUUCUGCAUCGGUCCAGGCUCAGCUGACAGACACCUGCUGGAUAUCUGCCCUCUGCUGCUUUUUACAUCAACCCAAGUCGAUGUAAAAACAAAGAAAGGAAAAAUAAAUCAUCUUUGUUGAUCUUUUUUAUGACAUAUGUACACUACUUUUUAAUGUUCAUAACGACUAUAGAUUAUUUUUUUGUGAAUUUGUUUUAUGUUUUUCAGAGUAUAAGACAUAUUUUGGAUGACAUGUUUAAAGCCAAUUUUGUAAACUGUUAAAUACAUAUAUAAAAUGGAAGGUUUCAUCAACCUUUUUUUUCCACAAAACAAAAAUAAACCUCAGGUAGAAUGGU